AUGGCGCCUUCGCCGCGUAAAAAUCCUGUCAGCCGUUCUCCAAAAAAGCUGGCAACACCAACAAAAGCCACUCGAACAUCGCCUCGCAAAAAGGCUUGGGCAACUCCACCGAAGGCCCAAAAUCCAUACAUUUCUUCUUUCUUCGUGGGUUAACGGUUGUACAUGUUUUCUUAGUUAUUUUUCUUGAAGAAAGAGGAAGAUUUCUCACCACUUUCCAACAAAUCGUGGGCCGAAAUUACUGAAGAAGAUUAUGAUUUGUCUGAAAGUCUGAUCAAUAAUGCCCGCGAAAAUGAAGAAACAACCCGCAAGUCAGAGUCUCGCAGAAAGGCUGCACUACCAAAAAAGGUUCGUUAAUUUUGUUGAUGAAACUUUAAAAAAAAAAAAUAAUUUUACCGCACAGUGCAUAGUUUGAGUUUUAAAAGUCAUAUAGUUUUUUUUAAAUUAGAAACCUAUAUUCAGUCAACAUAUAAAAUUUCUCUCGAGCUAGAUAAUCUAAAAACUUUUUCCAGGUUGCCGAAACCAAGCCAAAGUUUACACGCUCCCUGGAGCUCACAAACGCUUUAUUCAGUAAUUCAUCAAGCAGACGAUCAACCCGUAUCAAAGAAAAAGUCACUGAAGUCACACAUGUUGAAGUAUGCUUUUUGGCUGUUUUCGAAAUAAUCCUGAAUUAUUAUAGGUGAAAAGAACAACGAUCGCAACGGAAGUUGUCGAAGAAAAAGGGACGAGGAACCGUAAAAGGCAUCUUUCGACAACUUCGACAGUCACGGAGGAAAUUUCCCCGGCCAAACGCCGCACUCCGCACAAAAACGAAGAGGCUCAGUCGGGAAAACCUGCGCGCAAAACUGCCCGCGGUGUUGCUGAGGUAGCUGCUGUUUUUUUGAACUAGGCUUAUCUUGUUGCGAAGGCAUUCGAGGAUUUUUGAAGAUUUAUACCAGACAAAAUAUUCACUACGUUUCCAUGUGAAAAAUGGGUCAAAAUUUUUAAAAGUCACCGUUUUUUUAUAUGGAGAGAACUCAUGUUUUGUAAUUUCCAUGUCUGCGUCUCCAAAGUUGAGUCCUCCUUUCCACUCUCUGACGGCCAUCCUGAACUUCGCAUAAUAACUUUGCACAUGACAUCAGUUAUGAUCACAAAGUUCAUCGUUUUCUAGUUCUCUUAUCAGUAUUGUAGUUAUUUCUGGUCUCCAGUUUAUUUUCGCCAGACUUAUUAGUACAAACUAUUACUUCGAUAGGUCCAAAAAGGUUUGUUAUUUUCAGAACGGCAAAUCUCCAGCUCGCGUCCGUCUCUUCAACUCAAACUCGACGUGUUCUUCGGUCCCAGGCAGCCCUUCGUCGCGAAAAGACCACUGGGUCGAGCCGAAACUCGGCUGGUGUACUGAUGAGGCGACCUUGCAACGUCGCGCUCGCGUUUGUCGUCUUCCAACUCUUCAAUGAACAGUUUCGGCCUUUAUAGGAAAUCGAGAAAGCCAAGGAAAAGCCCGUCUAUGUCAAGUAUACGACUGAAAUCCCAUUCAAGAAACGUAUCCAUGGAAUUCAUCCUCGGACACCUAAUAAGGAGAUCAAUUUUAGUCGUCGUAGCUGGGAUCAGCAGGUGACUUUGGAAAAAAAAUAAUGGAUUCAAUUUCGAAAAGAUGAAAGAAAAAACUUGUGGAAGAUGUAUAAAUUAAAGUAUUGGGAUUUUUUCAGUUUGAAUUUUUUAGAGAUCUUGCCUUGCAGAUCGAAUUGAAAAACAUUUCACCAUAAAAUUUAAAUUUUUGGCUGAUAAUUUUCGAAUGAAGUGUAAUUCAAAUCUCAAAACUUUCAGAAAUGUCUUGGGUCGAAAAUAAUGUUAUCAAAGUAAGUAAACGAAGUAUAUUUGUAGCUUCGUUUAGAAAGGCAAGGUCUAUUAGCCAAUUUUCUAGAGACCACUUAAAGAAAAAAAAAAUUCUGAAUGUGUUGAAAGGAGUUGGAGCAUUUUGAAGACUCACGGAUCUGAUGAAUGAGGUGAUCUUGAAGCGAUGUGGUACCCCUUUAAGUUUUGAAAAACGAAUAAAAUGUUAGAGUACCAAACCUCCUUACUAGGGAACGUUGCCGAGCUCCAAAGUCCGCAAAAUGCGCAAAUUAUGAAAAAAAGCGUUAUUUCAAGCUUUUGAAGCGUCCUAAUUAAAAAACGAGAUCUAUAAAAAAGACGUUCCCUAGUGAAUGAAACGGAACUCUAUUUAAUUUUCAAGUGUUUCCAAUCUCAAACUCGAAAACUUUAAGAUGCGUCAAUGGAAGCGCAGCUUGUACACUUGGGCCGGAGAGGAGCCUUCAGAUUCUGUGAACACGUCGUUCUGCAGCUACACUUCUGAAGAAUCGGCAGCUUCGGACAGCAAAGUCAAUCUGGAAAAUGUUCCAGUCUUUGCCAAUAUUGAUUUGCAUGUGCCAGUGAGUUUCGAAUGAUCUUAUGAAAGUGCAGUCUUUUUAGGAAAUCCAUAGAUCUUUUAAAUAAAUUUUUUUUUGUGGUCAACGUAUAGUGGAAAUCACUGUAGUUUUGAAAAAUCGAGAUUUGAAGUAGGAAUUUAAGAUUGAAAUCAGAAAAAUAGAAGAACAUACAAAGAACCGUUAUUUUUAAAUAAAAUAAAAAUAAAAUAUUGGCAGGUCCGACCGGAGACAGACACGAUGGCGUCGCUUCUGGGCAAGUUUGAUCUUGACAGUCGCCAUGGAGCGACUAUGUCUGCUGACGACAGCACUCUGAAGGCUCCGGCGCCCGCUUUUGACCCAAAAGCGCCCGUCGACUUCUCUUCUCUGAACAACAAAAAGUAA